CUACGCAAGACACGCUGGUCCUCGUUAUCUUCCCCCGCCCCCCUCCUCUCCAACCACGCCAUGACAAUGUCUCCCCCAGCCAACCCUUCUUCCCCUCGAAGAAGCCUUCGCACACGACCCUCGGCGGUCGCCUCCACCUCCACCGGUACUAUCGUCGUCAACAACAAAGUCGAGCGAGAUGGCGCUGCCUCUGUCAACUGCCAGGUCGUCGUGGACACCAAUACCACCAGUUCCUCAAGUCGUUCGCGGCCAUCUAUAAGCUCUGCCAGUGCGUCAAUAGACACUUUCGCGCGAAGGCUAAGUAAGAGGCCCAGUAAUGAAGUGAAAGAGCAGGAAGGAGAGGAGGAACUUGGCACAUCGGGAACGGAAGAAGAUGAGGCUGACGAGGACAGGCUAUCUGGCGAAGAAGAUGAAGACAGGAAGCAAGAAGAGGAAGAACAGCUACCUUCAGGGCUAGGACAGUCCCAUGGGUUAUCGAGAUCGAUGACCAAACCAUUAACGAAAUAUGAAGAGGAAGGGGAUUCUUCAGUAUUGAAUGGCCGACUGAAAAAGAAGAGACGAGUGACGGAGAGGCGGACUCUGCAGAACAAGACGGCCCAGAAAAAGUAUAGAGAUAAGAAGAAAUUUUUGGCUUUGCGUACACUAGAUUUCGCCGUCUCAAUGACUCGUGUGUGCUCUAGAGGACUAGAGGGUAAAGAGCGGAAAGCGUUUAAGCAGAUUUUGAAAGAUUAUCUUGCAGACGUGUCUGAAUUGGAUCAAAGUUAUUUGGCCGACUUUUUGACAAAGACAGGGCUACACAGCAAAUUACUAGCAGAGUAGAAUGAUAUAGAGUAUCAUCAGUCGCAUAUAAUCUGAGGGGUUAUACUGUAUGAAGUAAGCCGGCAUCGACGACUGUGUAUACAUUUUUGACUUUUUGAGAUUGGCCACGGGACAUCACUUCUUCUCUUCUUUCUUGUCCUUUUCUUUCCUGUCACUCUUGCUUUUGUCUGCCUUUUCAUCUUUCUACUUAUCACUUUUUACUUUUUUUCUUGCUUUUCAUGUUUCUUCCCAUCCUUUUUCUCAUUCUCCUCCCUCCUCAUACUACCUGCCGUCCGAUCCUCAAAUUCAAUCACAGCGGCUUUGGAAACACUCACCAAGACGCUUUUUGAGAACCAGCCCCCUCCUACAGCGACCAGGGUCCCACUCCUGCCCACUUCAAAGACCCCUACCCAUCCUGGCCUAUACACUCUUACCAUACCCCUCAUCCACCCUAGGACGAUAUAGAACAGCCAAUAUACCAACCACUGCGCCCCAUCACCCUUUCCCGGUUUUCCGGCCCCUCCCUCUUCUCCCCUGCCCCGUUCUUCCAAGAUUGUCUGCAUGCUCCCCCAAAGCGGAGAGAUAAGGGUUAGGAUCCCGCUCCAAUGUGGUAUUGCGAAUAUCGGGAUGUAGAGAUGUGCAAUCCCCCAUGCAGCGAGCAAAAAAAUGAGGGAGACGGUUAGGGGGAUGUCGAGGAGAGUGGAAAGACGGAUGAUGGGGGUUGAGAGGUGGGGACAGUGAGAAGAAAGGGUGGAAAGUGUGAGAGCGUGGGUUUCUUUGGCGAUGAUGGAGGAGGAGGAGGAGGAUGGUGGAGAAUUGGGUUUGAGUUUGGAUUUGGAUUCAGAGGGCAUGGCGAGAUUUUAUCUAGGAAGAAUUGUGCUACCGUGUGCAUAAGUAAAUGACAAAACCGAGGAACAUGUCAUAGACCUCUGCCAAAGUUUUUUUGAUCCUUCUCUCCCUGGCAAGUAAUCAAGGGUCUAGAGGGAAGAAUCAAUCGAAAACGAUAGUAGAUACAAAAUGCGUCAAUGUUUUCCACCAAAUGCAUAAUCAAUCAA